UCCUAUAAGACGACGCGCGCCCCCUCCUCCCCCGCGCCGUCGUAGCCCCCUUCUCCUACACAGAAUCGCCGCCGCCUCCGGCCAAAAAACCGUCGGCACACACGGCCCCCAAAUCUUUUCCUCUCCACAGACCACAGGCCGGCAGUCGAGUCGUCGCCGGUACAUACGAAAGGAAGCCAAGGAAAACACUCCUCUUUCUCUCCCUCUCCCUCUCCCUUCCAUUCCCUUCCAUCCCAUAUCCAAGAACCAAAGCUCCGGACAGCUUGAGAUCCGAUCGAGGAUGGUGGCGCCGGUGGUGAUCGCGUCGGCGGGGCUGGGCAUGCUGGCGGGCCUGGCGAUGGCGAACCGGUCGCUGGGGGACGGGCUCCCGGCGGCGUCCAGGUGGGACGCGCGCCCGCGCUGCGCCACGUGCGGCGGCUCCGGCCGGGUCGAGUGCCUGUGCAACCGCUGGUCCGACGGCGACUCCGGCUGCCGGACCUGCGCCGGCUCGGGCAGGAUGCCCUGCCGCAGCUGCGGCGGGUCCGGCACGGGCAGGCCGCUCCCCGCGCGGCUCACGGUCCAGCACCACAAGCCGCCGCCGCCGGCCGGCUACAACUGACGGUGGAUCGAUUGAUUAGGUAUAUGUCCAUAUCCAUGGAUGAUUAUAGCUCGUUCUUUGCGCUACAGGCGCAAGCGAAAAUUUAAACUCCCCUAGCUAGUAUAUACGUCCAUUCGAUCGUGUGGAUGAGAUCGGUGUUGUAUAUGUGUCUCUGCUUCAAGACUUGUAGUAAUUGAGCAUACUUGUGUUGAUGUUGUUCGUAAUUUGCAAAUCGCGCAACACACAAGAAGGAAGAAGAGGAAAAAAAAGAGAGGGAGAAUUUGGAGAUCUACCCGAGAACAUGCACGAUUGAGAGGAGAGAGGGGCAAGAGAUGAAGAACAGUUUUGCUGGCAAGUUUGUAGUUAUGGUGGUGGAUGUAAUAUAUAUCAUAUAUGCUAAGAUUACGCGUUAAUAUAUGCGCGCACAUACACAUGAUUUACAGAGA